CAGUGUACCUGUAAAUCCAGGGUAAUCCCUCAUCCCUGCCCCGUGUCAUAGAAGUAUAAUCAUCGUGGUGGGCAAACAUUCGCCUGGGGUGAAGAGCUGUCAAAACUGUCAGGUAACAUCAGCCAUCCUUAGCCAAUACCUGCAAGCAUGACUCCUUCCCAAGUUACCUUUGAAGUAAGAGGAACAUUAAUGCCAGGAGAGGUUAUAGCAGUAUGUGGGAGCUGCAACUCUUUGGGCAACUGGAAUCCUCAGCUUGCAGUAAUUCUUCAUCCAGAUGUUUAUGCUGAUGGGUGCAUAUUAUGGAAAGCUACAGUAGAACUUACUAGAGGAGAUGCUAUUCAGUAUCGAUAUUUUAAAGGGUGCUUCUUAGAGCCUAAGACUAUCGAUGGUCCCUGCCAAGUCAUAGUUCACAAGUGGGAGACUCAUCUACAACCACGAUCAAUAACCCCUUUAGAAAAUGAGCUCAUUAUUGAUGAUGGAGAGUUUGGGAUUCAUAAUGGGGUUGAAACUCUGGAUUCUGGAUGGCUCACAUGUCAGACUGAAAUAAGAUUACGUCUACAUUAUUCUGAAAAACCACCUGUCUCAAUAUCAAAGAAAAAAUUUAAAAAAUCAAGGUUUAGAGUGAAGCUGACUUUAGAAGGCUUGGAGGAGGAGGAAGAGGAUGAUGACCAAGAUAAAACAUCUCCUACUGUUUCUCAGAAAAUGGCAAACACCCUGGACAUUGCAUUAAUAACUGAUACAGAAUGCAAAAGUCGGCACUCUCAGCCAGACUGUGGGUAUGCUUUGCAGCCUGAUCGAUGGACAGAAUACAGUAUACAAACCAUGGAUCCAGAUAACUUGGAAUUAAUCUUUGACUUCUUUGAGGAAGAUUUAAGUGAAGCGGUAGUACAAGGAGAUACACUGCCAGGCCAUGUGGGCUCUGCUUGCCUCUUAUCCUCCACGAUUGCAGAACAAGGAAAGAGUAGUGGAAUUCUCACACUUCCUAUUAUGAGCCGAAUUUCAAGAAAAACUAUUGGAAAAGUUAGAGUGGACUACAUCAUUAUUAAGCCAAUAGUAGGAUACAGUUGUAAUAUGAAAGCCUCAUAUGCUAAGUACUGGAAGCCAAGAACAACUCUUGAUGUUGGGCACAGGGGUGCAGGAAAUUCUACAACAACUACCAAGCUCGCUAAAGUUCAGGAAAACACUGUUGCUUCUCUAAGGAAUGCUGCUAGUCAUGGAGCAGCUUUUGUGGAAUUUGAUGUACACCUUUCGAAAGAUCACGUGCCUGUUGUAUAUCAUGAUCUCACUUGUUGUUUGGCAAUGAAAAAGAAACUGGAAGCUGAGCCAUCAGAAUUGUUUGAGAUUGCAGUGAAAGAACUCACAUUUGAUCAACUGCAGUUAUUAAAGCUAGCUCACGUGAAUGCCUUGAAAUUAAAGGAUCAGAAUGCAUCUUUUAAAGAGGAGGAAAAUUAUUUUUCUGAGAACCAGCCAUUUCCUUCUCUCCAGACCGUUCUAGAAUCACUUCCUGAAGAUGUUGGGUUUAACAUAGAAAUAAAAUGGAUCUGUCAACAAAGAGAUGGGAAAUGGGAUGGUGGCCUGUCAACCUAUUUUGACAUGAACCUCUUCUUGGACAUCAUUCUGAAAACCACUCUUGUAAAUGCUGGGAGGAGGAGAAUCAUAUUUUCUUCUUUUGAUGCAGACAUUUGCACAAUGGUUCGGCAUAAGCAAAAUAAGUAUCCGGUGUUGUUUCUGACCCAAGGAAAAUCUGACAUUUAUCCAGACCUUAUGGAUCUCAGGAGUCGUACAACUUCUAUUGCAAUGAGUUUUGCACAAUUUGAAAAUUUGCUGGGAAUUAAUGCACACACUGAAGACUUGCUGAGGAACCCAUCAUUUAUUCAAGAGGCCAAAUCUAAAGGUUUAGUUAUUUUCUGUUGGGGUGAUGAUACAAAUGACCCAGAGAACAGAAAGAAGUUGAGAGAAUAUGGUGUUCAUGGGCUAAUAUAUGACAGGAUAUAUGACUGGAUGCCUGAACAACCAAAUAUAUUCCAAGUAGAGCAGUUGGAACGUCUGAAGAAAGAGUUAUCAGAACUGAAAAGCUGUGUAUGUCCCUCUCUCAGCCACUUUAGUUCUUCAGCAAUGUGUAAAUGUCGUCAUGGCCGCAUGGAAGUGAAUGGUAUAGAUAAUUUACAGAAAUCUUAAGGACUUAAAGGUUGACUCCAGCCAGAAACUUGCUUUGUGUAUUUAAUUUUCACCUCUGGAGCAGAGCUAUCAAUGCCUUUGUAUUUUUGAGUCCAAAUAAGCAAUAACUAAAUGUGUUCCUUUUUCCAUGACAGUACUUGUUAAAAUAUCAAAUCCUGUUUAAAAAAAAAUUGGCCAGUUAUAAUUAUUGUUCAAGUUUACAUAUACAGUUUUAAAACUUUCACAAUCAAGUUUAAAAUCGUAUACUAGAAAUCAAGUACUGUAACAGUGUUCAAACAGGUUUUACAAAAUACACAAUCUAAGUUGUAGUAGUUUAAAAAAUGGUAUCAUAGAGAAGUUAUGAUCUAAUAUUGGAAUGGCCAGAAAAAAAAAAUUGACUCCAAUACUAAUCUGACAGCAGGAGAUUAGGAGAAUGAUUGUAACGUAUACAUAAUUAUACCUGGUUUGAAUAAAUUGGUACCUCAUAUGCAUGCAUUUGCACUGAUAGAUCCAACUGUACAAAACCUUUGUGCCAUCAUAAAAUAUGUAUAUAUUUUUUUAAGUAAACUGCAAUGCACAUGAAUUCAUUUUUCUCCCGUUAGUACCUUUAGACUGCUGCCUUUUUUCUUCUCUGCCAGCUGAAUGAAUUGUAUAAUGUAUGAGUGUAGCAGUGAAGGACAAACCACAAGUACAGGUUUUCAUUAAUCGCACUCAGACCUGCUAAACUUCAAAAUGCUGCAAAUAAUGUAACAUUAACUAACUUGCAGCAGCUGUUUUAUUGGCCAAGAACCUUAUUGUUUUACAGUAACCUUAAAGGAGAAAAUAUAUAUAAUGCACAAACUCUACAAAAUGCAUGCUUCAACUUUUAAGCAUGAAAUUAUAGGUGUUUGCAAUGGUCCUUGCAUCCUUGUGGUGCUAGUUGAGUGUGAGGGUGACAAGGACUAACUAAACUAUUUAAUCUUUGUUGCCUAAAACCAUAAGCCUAUAUUUGCAGAUGUCCAGAUAAGGCUUUUUACCAUCUAGUUUGUCUUAAUAUGUAUACAGACCACUUGCUUUUGUAUUCCACAACAGCUAAUUUUCCAAAUCACAAAUAUUCAGAUAAUCUGCAUCCUGUAUUGACUGAUAUCUGUUCUUUGUAAUUUAUUCUGUAAUGAUAGUUUAGAAUUCCUGUUAGGUAUGUAUGCAUGUACUUAAACUUGUACCUCUUAAAAUUGCAGGUCAUGCCAACACAACAGCUGUAACUUUUUACUGAAGUGUUAAUGUACAAUAAGAAUGAAAAAUAUUUAUUUUUUUCUCUUGUAAAUUGAUUAUGAGAACUAUAGCUUGUAUUAUAUUCUUUAUAUACAGUCAUUGCAGCAUAGAAUUGAUUGUAUAAAACAGUACAGCAAUUACAGAUAUGUGCUUGGGCCUGCACCACUGAAUGAUAUUGAGUUUAAGGUAACUGGCUUCUUUCAUCUUGUUAUUUAAAUUUCUGUCCUCCACAAGUGGCACAGUAGUCAUUAGGUACUUGGGAAUUGUCUUUAUUUAAAAAAACAAUAAAAUACAUUUUAAA